AUGGAUGCCAAAGUGUGUGAAAAAUUCGAGAAUGUAUGGAAUGAUUUUCCCAAUACACUGACCGAUGAUGGAAAGUAUCAACUUAAAGAUAAAACUUUUUUAAAUAGUUAUUGUUUUAAUUAUAAAUGUGAUAGUGAUCUCGGAAAAAUUAAUGCCGGAUUUUUUUAUUUGCUUAAUCAAUUUUUUGGGAGUUCUGAGUUAUCGCAUUAUGGGAAAAAUAAUAUAAAUAUUGUUGAUUAUAUUAUCCUAUGGUUAAUUUAUAUGUUAACCCUAAAGGAAAAUUCAUUUAAUAAUAGUAUAAAAUAUUUUUAUACUACACUUAUAAAGAGUGAUGUAAAGUAUGAAAGUACUGUAGACAAUGUUAAAGAUUGUCAUAAUUUUAAGGAUAUUAUAGAUAAAAGACAUGAUUUGACGAAAGAGGACAUGGAUAAAAAUAUUAUAUCUACAUUGCAUGAUGCAUUUAAAUUAUUAUGUGGAAUGUAUACUGUUUUUAAUGAUAACACAUCAAAUUGCGCAAAAUGUUUGGGAAAGGCUAAUGAAUUUGCUAACAAAUAUGAAGAACUUAAGAAAUAUUAUAGUAAUACUAAAAACAGUUCAUUUAGUAAAAUAUUAUCUACUUUAUCGACUGAUUAUGAUAAUUUAAAAAAUAAAUGUAACGGUAAUUCAUCCUUUCCAUCGAUAGAAAUAAUACAAAGUUCUGAAAACGAUUCUGUAGAAAUUUCUGGACUAGUUUCUGAAGUUGCAUCAUCAAGUUCGUCGAUAUCAAAGAACUUAUUUAUAGUUUUAUCGAUAUUUGGUGCAAUAGGAUUUUUUUUAGGAAUUUCUUACAAGUAUUCGUUAUUUGGAUUUCGGAAAAGAGUUCAAAAACAAUAUUUAAGAGAAAAAAUAAAAAAUAUAAAGAAGAAAAUGAAUCAUUAA